UAAAGCAAUGGCUGUUGCCUCUAUUAAGUUUACAUUUAUCAGUGCAGUCUUAGUUACUCUUUUUGUAAGCCCAUGUAUUGGCUUGCUCAAUUGUCCUACCGAAGAAUCCCAAGCUCUUCUUUCCUUCAAAGCAGCCGUGAAUGUCUCUGAUGGCGUUCUCGGUUCAUGGGUUAAUGGAACUGAUUGUUGCUCCAAGUGGAAUGGCAUUUCAUGCAAUAAUCUCACCAACCAUGUAGAGCGAGUGAAUUUGAGUGAUUACCAUGCAGAGCAGGGCGUACAGAGUGGAAUUAUGUCUGGUAGUUUCUGCAACCUUCCUUUCCUCAAAUACCUCAUCCUGAAGAACAUUGGUUUAACUGGUACUAUUCCUUCUUGUUUAGGAAAACUCUCUCAUCUUCAGCAUCUACGUUUACAAAAAAAUAGUUUGAGCGGAAUAGUUCCCGCAGUGAUUUGCCAGCUCAGCAAUGUUAGCUAUUUAGAUGUAAGCUUUAACCAGCUAAUUGGAAUGUUGCCAUCAUGUCUAAAAAAUCUCUCCUUUCUUAGGUUGUUGGCUCUCUCCUUUAACAAAUUCCAGGGGAGCCUUCAGCUUAGUGGGUUUUCCUCCCUUGAGCAGCUGUAUGCUCGUAAUUUUUCAUUGUAUAAUUACACUACUUCUUCGCAGCUAGCAUUGCCAUCCUCUGUAAAGAUUCUCUGGCUCUCCUCGAUUACCAUUUCAGAUACUUUGUUCCAUAACCUUGCAGAUUUAAAGUUUUUGGUGCUAUCGCAUUGUGUGUUGAACAUUAGCACAAGUUGGUUUCCCCAGUUUCAAUUAGGAGGCAUAGAUAUAAGCUCAUGUAGUAUUGGAGGUCGAAUUCCCGAGUGGCUUUUCACUCAGUAUUCAUUGCAGAGAUUGACAUUGGCUGAUGAUAAUAUUGUUGGAGAAAUACCUUCAUGGUUCUGGGAGAACAAUCCUCAGUUAUAUAUGUUGAAUCUUUCAGGAAAUCAUUUGUUUGGCAGCCUUCCUAUCCAGCCUAGAUCAGCUCGUUGGAUCACACUAUUGGAUGUAUCUAGGAAUGAGUUGACUGGACACAUGCCAUCUGCGUUGCCUCCAGAUCUACAACUCUUGAUGGUUAAUGGCAAUUCUCUAAUUGGCAAUAUUCCUACAAGCUUGUGCGAUUUGAUUCACCUUGAAAAGUUAGAUCUGUCAAACAACAAAUUCAGUGGCAACAUUACUACAUGCUUUACCAGCUACAAGGUAAUUCAAGUGUUAAAUUUAGGGGAUAAUAGGUUGGAGGGAAGCAUACCCCAGGGGCUAUGUUCCUCCUCUUUAAUUUUAAGAAACAAUAAAUUAGGCGGACCCUUCCCUCCCUUGAUCACCAAUUGUAAGACCUUACAAGUACUAGAUAUUGGACACAACAAAUUUGCUGGGGAUAUCCCACGGUCAAUUGGAAACUUAUCAGCCCUUCAAGUGUUGAUGAUGAAGGGCAAUUGUUUCAGAGGUAGCAUUCCUUCAGAGAUUUUCCAGCUGAAGAAGCUCCAGAUCUUAGACCUUUCGUCUAACAAUAUAUCAGGUGUUAUUCCACACAGCAUUGCAUCUCUACAAGCAAUGGCUGUAGCAAGAGAGGAAGGCCAUGUGUUAUCUACUCUGUUGCACCCUUUCCACGCAAUUGUAAGAAACAAACUCCAAAGGUCAUAUUCUGAGCUUGGUCCUUUUGAGAAUUUUAUGUCUGAGGUUUCGUCUCGUGAUGAAUUGUAUAUGACUGUGAAAGACUUAGAUUUGCACUACCCAUAUAUUCUUUCCACACUCACAGGCAUAGAUCUCUCUAACAAUCGACUGAAUGGAGAUGUUCCUUUUGAAUUUGGAAAGUUGAAGGGGUUGAGGUUUCUCAAUCUGUCAAUGAACAACCUCAGCGGAGUUAUUCCACCCAGUUUUGGGGAAAUGAGUCAACUAGAAUCAUUGGACCUUUCUACAAACAGGUUGUAUGGAAGUAUUCCUCCAGAAUUUCAAUCUCUAACUUCGUUGGAAUGCUUAAAUUUGUCCAGCAACAAUCUCUCCAGCAACAUACCACAAGGAGGACAGAUGAUCACAUUUGAUAAGACAUCAUAUUCUGGUAAUCCGUAUUUGGUGGGACGCCCACUUCCAAAGAAUUGUUCAUGGCCAAAGUUUGCUCCUCCACAUCCUUCUACAAACGAUAUGCAAGAUACAAAUGAAGAUUACAGAAAUGAGAUACCAUUGUUUGAGAUUGGACUAGGAUUGUCACAUGUAGUAGGUUUUUCCUUUGUAAUGUUAUUUCGUGCUGUGAGAACCAAAUGGAGGAAGAGUUACUUCAAGCAGGUUGAUAAGAUUCUGAAGCUUCUGUUUCCCUCCAUCCGUAAUAAGAGAUUAUGAAGUCUUAUUUUACCAAAAAAAUAAAGCAAAACUAUGCCCUGAGCGUCCAAGUCUUAGCUUAUUCAAGUUCAUUAUAGUUUUAACUGUCAAAAGUCUAGCUUUAAGGUUUUAGCGUGCAAAAGUAUAAAUAAAAGUGACUCUUCGUAAGGGUUCAA